AUGGGCAACGCCGGGAGCACAGCUCCUGCAAGUUUAGGAGAGACCCAUGUUCCACAUUUAAAAUGGAAGGUUCAUGACUUCUCAGCGCUACUUGAGACGAACGCUGCAUCGGCGGUCUCCUCUGCUUUUGAAUGCUCUGGGUACAGGUGGUUCCUGCGAGUGACUCCAAAGCACAAACAAGGUGUUAUGGGAAAUCCAUAUGUGGCUCUUUCUCUCGAGAUAUACCACGCAUGGUUGGAGCAAGUUCACACAGUGCAUGCAGUAUUCGAGUUGUCAAUAUUCAACCAUUCAAAAGGAGAGUAUUGUGGAUGCAAAGCUAGCUACAACUUUGAUGUCAAGAAUACCUACUCGAAGCCGCAUUGCUUGAUUCCUCUUCAGGAGCUACUGAAAUCAUCUGCUUUUCUAGUUGAUGAUAGCUGUGUCUUUGGUGUGGAGAUAUUAAAAAUCGAUGUCUCUUCUCCUGAAAAGAAGGAUGUUGUGGUUCAGAAGAAGGCUACUACAGUUCAGAAUCUCUUUAUCCAGAAGAAAGGGUUCAUUAAAGGGACAUACACUUGGACCAUGGAUAAUUUCCUUGAAUUGGACCUGAAGCACUCCGUCCGCUCUCCUACAUUUGAAGUUGGCGGACUUAAAUGGUACAUCCGUAUGUAUCCACGUGGUGACAAGCACAGUAAUGAUUGCCUCAGCUUGUACUUAUCCCUGGAUGACUCGGUUGAGCUCCCUUUGGAGUCUGCCAAGGUGGUUGAAUUGACACUAUCCAUCCUGAACCAAAAGAAUGUGAAACACCGGACUGCAACUUCAGGUCUCUGGGUAUGUGGACAAGGACAUAAAUUAGUAUGUGUACAGGGAAUGGGAUCGUCUGACUUCUUUGGACUCAAGGAACUCAAGGACCCGUCUGGAGGCUAUGUUGUGGGAUCGAGCUGCGUUGUGAAGGCAGAUCUCACCAUCGUCGGUUCAUCCAAUGAUGGCUAG